AUGGAUUACACUAACGAGCCGCCCCACUCCUCAUCCCUCCUCACCCGUGACGACAAACCGUACAACGCCGAGCCAUGCGUUAAGGAGCUGGUCAAGUACCCCAUCACGCCCGAGCACCUCGUAUACUGCCGGAAUCAUAGUCCGGUAAAAGUGUUCGACGAGAAGGGGUACAAACUGACGGUCGAUGGAGAGGUCGAACACCCUCUGACGCUGACCCUCGAAGACAUCAAGAAGCUUCCGAAGAGGACGGUGGUGGCGGCGCUCCAGUGCGCAGGCAACCGUCGCAAGGCGCUGACGAUCAAAUCCGGGAGGGAUGUGGAAGGCCUGAAAUGGGAAGACGCCGCGAUCUGCAACGCGCGUUGGGGCGGCGCGCUGCUAUGCGAUGUCCUGGCGAUGGCCGGUGUGCUACGUCCGACGACCCAUAACGGCACCAACGCCGGAACCACCCAUGGCGCGAACGGGAUAUGCGAAGGGAGAAUGCAUGUGUGCUUUGCAUCCCACGUCGCUGGCGAGUGCCAGCAGGACUCGUGUUACGGGGUGUCGAUACCGCUCGAGAAGGCCCUGGAGGCCGAAGACGGCGCGAUGCUGGCCUAUGAGAUGAACGACGAGCCCUUGACGCCUGACCACGGCUACCCGCUGCGGAUCGUCGUCCCCGGCUAUUCCGGUGUGCGCUGGGUCAAGUGGUUAGAUACCAUCAUGGUCUCUCGCAGGGAAUCGGACAACUUCUACCAGCAAAAAGAUUACAAGAUCCUCCCGACGGCGGUGCGGACGCAUGAACAAGCGGAUAAGGAGGGCUGGUGGGCGAAGCUGCCUGCGCUGCAGUCGAAUCCCAUAAACUCUGUGAUCGGGGAGGUACUGCGUCGAGAAGACGGAACACUGGAGGUGGUGGGGUAUGCGGUGAGCGGUGCAGCAGGAGGGCAGGUAAAGCGGGUCGAGGUGAGCGCGAAUCGAGGGAAGACGUGGGGGGAGGCAGAGAUCACAUAUCAGGAGGGAAAGUGGAGUUGGACGCUCUGGAGGGCGACGGUGCCCGUUGCGCAGGAAGGGGCAAGCGACGAAGAGAGAGUCGUAUGGUGCAAGGCGACGGACGAGAGCGGGAUCACUCAGGCGCCGAGUAUGGAUUGGAACCUGAGGGGCGUUGGCUACAAUGCGUAUGGCGAGGCGCAUUAUUGA